UUAUUAAGAAUCAACAAGAUAAUAAUCGGGGAGUGUUCCAGAGACAGUUCAGAAGAAUGGGUUCUACAAAGUGGCUGGUGUAUUUUGUCUUGUUAAACAUAUGCUCACAGACUGCAGCUGAAUCAGGUAUCCAGGUGUCCAUCUUCUCUGCUACAUCUAAGACAGUGAUUCUCAAAUGGACCGCAUACCCAGGAGCUACAUCAUACAAGAUCACUGCAGCCCUGACAAGCUCACCAAGUAACCCUAUCGCUUUUGCCACAUUUGGUCCAAACACCGUGAUGGGCUCUGUUAGCUCCCUGUCUCAAGAUGCCUCAUACAUUUUCACUGUGGAAGCUCUGGAUGCUUCUCAAGCAACCCUGAGCUCUGCAUCUAUUGAAACAUCAACAGCUCCUGAUAUGAUGGAUCCCAUCACAACUGUCAAGCCGAAGGAUAGCAGGACCUUGAUAGCCGAAUUUAACUUAAAAUCUGGGGCUACUCAAUACAUUAUACGAGUGCAAAACGCCAAUGGCUUCUUCAGAGAGGACACAGUGUUGACCUCCCCUACUGAAAUUAAGUUUCUCUCCCCGUACACUGAGUACUCGCUCAGCAUCAUGGCUGUGAACAGCAUGGGCCGCAGCCAACCUUCAGCUCCCAUUACUGCAAAGACAGUUCUGCCUCCUCCUCAGCUCUCCACCUCCUCUCCCAGCAAUGACAGCAUUGUUGUAACCUGGGUCCCUGUUGCUCAUGCUGUCCAGUACACUUUGUCCAUAUACAACUUUGACAUCAACAAUCAAGUCACAUACAACACAACCAAUACCACUCUGACCAUCCCUGGUCUGGAUGCCGGUUUAAUCUUUGCCAUCAAGGGUUUUGCCUGGGAUCCUGAGGGCCGAAAGGGAGAGGGCAGUGUGUACAUCAACCAGACAACACGACCUCCAACCCCAUAUUCUGUGAAUGUCUCUGUGGUGAUGAGCAAUAAUGUGGCUGGACUCUCUGUGUCCUGGGAAAUGGAAACAGAAGUUUAUGGAACCAUUGAGUAUCAUGUGACGAGUGACCGAGGUGCUACCUGUAACACCACUUCCAGCUCCUGCACUCUGCCUGCGGUGGGCUGUGGGGGAGUGCACGUCAUCCAGGUCACUGCCUCAAAUGAUGCUGGGCCCAGCCACCCAUCCUCCCCUUUGGCCUUCAUCACCUUUCCCUGCCCCCCGGAGUCUCUUGCUCUUGUGGAGUCCUCAGAAGGAAACUGCACACUGACGUGGAACACGGUUCCCUAUGCCGAUAGUUACGUUGCCUUCAUCAAGAAGGGGAAUGGCAACGAGGAGACCUGCAACACCACCAGCAACAACUGCACCUACCACUGCUAUUGUGGCUACACGUACCUGAUGUCCGUGUUUGCGUACAAUAAUGCAGGGAGCAGUCCUCAAGGAGAGGUUCUCAACUAUACCACUGUGCCUUGCUGUCCAGAGUCUGUGUCUGUGUCCGCGGUGAGUACUGAUACCCUGGAGAUCAUGUGGAUGGCUUCAAGGGGGGCCGACCUGUACGAGACUCGGGCCGCGGACACUUCAGAGGUCAUCCUCUGUAAUGAUACGGCACCGGUGUGUGCCCUCUCUGAUCUCAGCUGUGACAGUGUUUACAGCGUGGUAGUGACACCUUGCAAUGAAAUCAGUGGAUGCAACCGUGCUUGCAAAGCUCACACCAAAGACACAGCACCGUGCAUGCCGACAAAUCUGCAACUGGACCCAGAAAACUCCCCUGCCAUCAGUGUCAGCUGGACAUCCAGCAACAGGAAUGCUACUUACACUGUGAGCGCAGCCGGAGAUCACAGCAAACACACUUGUACCACUACUGGAAGCAGCUGUGACAUUACCAACCUUCCCUGUGGCUCAACAUACGAAUUCAGCGUGGUUGCCAGCAGCACUGCUGGCCAGAGUUUACCCAGCUACUCUGCCUCAUUAGAAACAGAGCCCUGUUGCCCGGCAAAUCUAACAGUCGAUCAGGUGACUCAGGCCAUGACCAACGUUUCAUGGUCUCACUCUAAAGGGGCACACUCAUUCAUCACCUCUCUCAUGUCACCGCGCGGUUAUGCCCGCUGCCACACUCAGGAUUCCCACUGUCUCAUGGGAUGCAUCACCUGCGGCACAAACUACACCGUCACCAUGCAGGCCUUCAGCCACAGUGGGCGCAUGUCUAACUGCACCUAUCAGGGCUUCUCCUCCAGUGCCUGCUGCCCGUCGGGUAUCAGGCUAUACAAGAUGGCUGAGAACUCCCUGCGGGUUUACUGGCGUAGCACAAGCAGCAGUCACAGCUCCAUUAUAGAGAUGCUGGGCAGCAAUAAUAACUACACUUGCACUGCGUCUGCUGGGGAGAACAGCUGUGAUGUGGACAACAUCCAGUGUGGGGAUGUCUAUCAUGUGACCGUGUCCCCGCUAACCACAGAGGGCAGCAAAGUCCUCUUCUGCUCCCAAAGGCUGUACUCAGGUAAUACAUGGCAGUCCAAAAUAUGUAAAUGCUCCAUUCUUUCGAAUCACUUGUUCCGGAAGCAUCGUUGGCGCAGUGAUUUACAGAGGGAAGAGAAGUGUGGACUAGCAUAUGUUCCUGGAGCAGCAGAAAUAAUAAGAGCCUGGUCUUCAUCAAGUUCUUCCUUCGCUAUAGAAUGGAGUAGGGUACCUUCUGCCCAGUACUACCUCCUGUUGGUAAACCCUCAGGCCACAGGGAACGCGUUCAACCUGACAUCCACCAACACUACAGCUUUGCUAAAAAACCUGCAGCCCUCUUCUAAAUAUGACUGCUACGUUUUCACCGUCAAUGAGGCCGGCAUGGGAAGCGAAAGCAGAGUCAGGACCGUUUUGACAUUGGUGAAGCCGCCAGCCAGUGUUGCAGCAACGCAAAUUGACCAGGUAACGGCCAGGGUAACGUGGCAGCCUGUGGAGGGUGUCCUGCUGUACCAGGUCACCAUUCGGGACAAUGAUAAACCCACUGAACAGCCCUAUGUGUACAAUGUGACGGGCACCAAGUUGGAUGUUGGAGACGUCCGCCCAUGUUCCAAUUAUCUGAUAUCCGUGUCCUCGUACAACAAGUUCCUGCUGCCGAGCGAGCCCACAAACUACACACACACCACCAACAAACUAUCACCAGUUUCCUCGGUAUCAGUGGACUACACGUGCACCACUAACUCUGUUAGGGUGUCUUGGUUGCCUGUUUUUGGGGCUGAGUCAUACAUGGCAACAGCCAUUGACAAGAAUGGUACGAAGAUGGAGUGCACAAGUCAGAGCACCAGCUGUGAAAUCUCUGGAGUGAGUUGUGGUCAGGACUACGAGGUGUAUGUGGCACCCAUAUCAGACAACUGCAAGAACUUGGUCAACGCCACCUGGGCCACUUUUAAGACUGUCCCCUGUCCUCCAAGCAACUUGAUGUUGUUGCGACAGUGUAGCAGUGACGUCAUCAUCUUCUCAUGGAAUCACACAAGUAACACAGACCACUACAUGGCCAAAGCUGUCGACUCUAAGGGAGUGGUUCAAAACUGCCUGACCCAAGACAACUCUUGUUAUUUCACACACACAGUGUGUGGACGUCACUAUCACUUCACGGUCUUCUCUAUCUCAGGGGGCUGCAGAAGUGAAAUUAGUUCAACUGUUGACAUCCGAACAGCACCCUGCAUGCCCAAAAAUCUUCAAACAUCCGCCAACUGUAGCACUGAUGUUCUGCUUAGUAAGUGGGACCAUGCUGAGGGAGCCCUGCGUUACACUGUGAAGGCAGAAGGAAACACCAACCACAGCAACUACAGCUGCAGCUCGCAGUCUAACAGCUGUGCUAUCCCUGGAGUCCACUGUGGAGAGAGCCUGACCAUCACCAUCACUGCUUUUGACAAUGAAUGUGCCAGUCCACAGAUGUUGGGACUUCCUGCUGAGACAGUCCCAUGCACCCCUCAGAAUGUAUCGGCUGUGAAGGAAUGCGGAGCAGACUCCAUCAUGGUGACCUGGCAGAGAACCAGUGGUGCAAUUUUCUACAUCGCUAUUGCCAAAGACAGUGAAGGCAUCACGCAUAGCUGCAACUCCUUUGAUGUGUCCUGCAAGAUUAGUGGUUUGAAGUGCAGCACAGACUACAGAGUCUAUGUUAUUGCUUCCAACUUCAUGUGUAAUAGCUCUGAAAGUGAGACAGUCACCACCGAAACAGCUGCCUGCCCACCAGACAACCUCUCUGCUGCUCUGGAUUGUGCCACCAAUGAGGCUCUGAUCUCAUGGCGUGGUCAACCUUCAAUGAACUCCUUCACUGCAUCCAUCACGGAUGAAGGCCAUGGACUUCUCAGCUGCAGUUCCACAGCCUCAAGCUGCAAAGUGCCCAACCUGAAAUGUGGCCAGUUGUACACUGUCACAGUCAGCCACCAUGAUGGCAUCUGCCCCAGCAUGCCCUCCAAGCCCAUAUACAUGGAGUCUGUUCCUUGUGGACCCACCAAUGUGUAUGCCAAUGUGGACUGUGCACGGGGCGGUGUGAACAUCAGCUGGGAUGCACACAGCAAUGCAGAGGGCUACAUCACUGUGAUCUCAGACAGCAACAUGCAGAAGACUCACUAUAACACCACAGAGCCUAACUUGAGUGUGAAAUCGAAGGAGUGUGGGCAGGAGUACUCAGUGACAGUGAUGUCAUUCCGUGACAGCUGUGUGAGUUUUCCCUCAGAGUUACAAUUCAAAGAAGGGCCAUGUGUGCCCACCAAUGUGGUGGUAAAGAGAAAGUGUGGACAGAGUUUUGUAGAGGUAACAUGGCUAGCAAGCCGUGGUGCCAAAAACUACACUGUGGCUGCCCUGGAUGGACAUGGUAAUCGCUUGGAGUGUGAAUCCAAUGAGACGUUGUGCAGACUGGAGGGCAUAACAUGUGGCCAGGUCUACAACAUCACAGUGGUGGCUGUGGAUGAUACAUGUACCAGCAUGAAGAGCUCUGCAGUGAAAAUGAUGAUAGAACCAUGUCCUCCCUCCCAGCUGACCGUCUCAGUGAACUGCACCAGCAAUUCUGCCAAGCUUAUCUGGAACAGCAGCCCAAAUGCCGUCUCCUACACGGGCAAAGCAGUGAGCACUAACGGGCAUAAUGUCACCUGUAAAACUGGCCUGGAACAGGGUUGUGAACUACAGGGUCUACAUUGUGGCAAGGAGUACAUGUUCACGGUGUCUGCAUCAGACGGAAACUGUCAAACUUUAGACAGCAAACCAGUCAUCCGCACAACUGCCCCAUGUGCUGUUCAGAGUGUGAUGACCGCCCUAAAUUGUAGCACAAACACGCUGAGCAUCAGUUGGACACCAGGAUCCAUUCCUGUAAACUACAGUGCCAUGGCUGUGCCUGGAAAUGGCACUGCACUGCACUGCGUCACUGAGAAUUCCAGCUGCACAGUGGAUGGUUUGCAAUGUGGACAGCAGUACUCUGUGUCAGUGAAACCUGUCAGCAGCACCUGUGAAGGCAACAGCAGCCUCCCACAGAUGGUAAACUCAGUUCCCUGUGUUCCCCACAAUGUCCAAGCCAUGGUAGAAUGCUCCACCAACACACUGCAGGCUACCUGGGACGUGGCUGCUGGGGCUGUUUCCUACGUCUCCACUCUGAAGGGAGAAGGAGGUUUCUCUGCCUCUUGUCCCACAGCUAACAGAAGCUGCCGGUUCCCUGCUCUGCAGUGUGCUCAGACAUACAUGUUCAGUGUGGCGGCCCUCAAUGACAGGUGUAAAAGCUCAGAGAGCACCAUGGUCAUAGCAGCAACUGCUCCCUGUGACCCCACAAAUGUUUCUGCUUCUCUGAACUGCUUCUCUGGUGUGGUCGCGGUGACUUGGAGUGCCAGUGCUGGGGCUGACCAUUACAUGGUUUUCGCUGAGGCCAGUGGCCAUGUUGACUCCUGCAACUCUUCUGACACUUCCUGUGAGCUGAGCCAGCUGCAGUGUGGGCGGCAGUACCGGGUGACUGUACUGGCCGGGGACACAAACUGCAACAGCUCCAUAUUGGCCCAAACCAAUGUGACAACAGCACCGUGUACCCCUGCAAAUGUGGAGUACCAAUACUCCUGUGAGACCGGGAUUGCCUUCGUGAGCUGGGAUGACACUCUGGGCAGGAAAAGUUUCUACGUUCAGGCCUACUCUGGAAGCCACACAGCCUCGUGCAGCGCCAGCACUGGAACAGACUGCUCCCUGCUUUCACUGCAGUGCAGCCGCACAUAUACGGCUGAGGUCACUGCAGUGGCCGACAACUGCAACAGCAGUGUGCCGGGUGUAGCACACAUCCACACAGCCCCUUGUCCUCCCAUGAAUGUCUCCGCCUCCCUGUUGUGUGAGAACAACACAGCUCAGGUGAGCUGGGAACACAGUCCCACGGCGGUGUCAUACAAUGUGACUGCGGUGGGCAGAGAUGGGGACCUGAAACAGUGCAACACAAACAGAUCAAGUUGUCAGCUACCCAACAUGCACUGUGGGCAGACCUACAUUAUCACUGUCACCCCCUUCUCAAACCGGUGCAGGGGCCAUGACAGCCAACCUUACACUUACAUUGCAGUGAUCUGCCCUCCGUCUGACGUGACUGGGGUGACAAAUUGCAGCAACAAUGACAUCACAGUGAGCUGGACCCCGAAUCCAAACGCUGGGGUUGAGUACUUCAUCCACUCCCAAGACAACAGCAGAGCUGAUGUAAACCUCACCACGACUCAGUCGCUCCAAGUGAUGACCGGGCUGCAGUGUGGCGAGCAGCAUUGGUUUAAAGUGGCCUCAAAGGAUUCUGCUUGUACCAGCGUCUUCAGCAAGCAGAUACAAACUAAAACGGCUCCGUGCCCUCCGACCAAUCUGACCGUUAAACCCGAAUGUGGCACCAACUUGGCAGUGUUGACCUGGGCUCCGAGUGCACAUGCUGUCUCCUACACAACUACCCUCACCGGUACUCACGGCCAUGUGGCUUCCUGCUCUGCCAACACAACAUCCUGCUCCGUGAAGGUGGACUGUGGGCGCCAGUACUCAGCAGUUGUGGUUGCUUCUACUGCAACAUGCAACAGUAGUGCAUCAGCUGCCUUAACAUUUAACUCAGCUCCCUGUCUGCCUGAUCGGGUACAAGCAGAGUUGGACUGCAGUCUCAACUCCUUUUUGGUGCAGUGGAGGGGGAGCAUUGGCGAUGUCGGCUCUUACACUGCAAUCGCCAUCGGUAGCGACAGCACACGAGAAAGCUGUGACUCCACAAAUACAGAAUGCACCAUUGAGAACCUAAAGUGUGGCCUCCUGUACAGCCUGGUAGUCACCACAUCAUCUGUUGACUGUGGCACCAUUGAGGGUUCCGACUAUCAGAUGUACUCAGCCCCCUGUGAGCCAGACAGUGUGUCGGUGAAUUUGCAGUGCAGCUCCAACGUGGCAUUAGUCACCUGGGGAAACUCUGGUCCAGACCAGAGUCAGGUGGUGACGGCGGUGGACAGCAGAGGUUUAACCACCACCUGCAACUCCAGCAGCUCAAACUGCACCUUCGACCAGCUGAGUUGCGGGAAGACGUACACCAUCAGUGUGGUCGGCCACACCAACACAUGCAGCAGUGAUCCAGCUGUUGCCCAACAACUCACCACCGCUCCAUGUGUUCCCACCCACCUCACAGCCCGAGUGGACUGUAAAACCGAUAUCACCGUGGUAACAUGGGAUGCUGCGCUUGGGGCCACGUCGUACACUGUCCACGCUCACGGAAACCUUGGCCACAACACUGAGUGCAACAGCACUGACACCUAUUGUGACUUCCUCAAUCUGGUAUGCGGACAGGACUACAACAUCACAGUUGUGGCUCGCCACGAAACCUGCGUCAGUUUGACCAGCGAAACCAUCACUGCGACAACAGGUCCUUGUCCCCACAGUGGUCUUAAGACAACACUGGACUGUGACACCAACACAGCAGUGGUGUCUUGGACUCCUGGCAGCGGCAUCCUUUACUAUAAUGCCUCAGCUGAUGCGUCUGGCAUCACACACCAGCAAGGAUGCUCUACCAAUGUCUCCUCCUGUAAUAUCAGCUCUCUGCGCUGUGGGGAAAGUUACAAAGUCAGCGUCAGUGGACAGGGACAGAACUGCCCGAGUCCUGCUCAGGACUGGACUAUGAUCAACACAGGCAGUGCUAAGUGUAUAAUUGCUCCCUGUGCUCCCACCCAGCUGAAAGUAGACUCCUCCUGUGAAUCAAACAACAUCUCUGUGUCAUGGGAGGCCUCGCAGGGCUCAGUCUCCUACACUGCUGUGGCUGAAAAUGCCCAGGGUCGACAGUGGUCUUGCAACACCAGCAGCACCGCCUGUCAGAUACCCGGUCUACUGUGUGGACAGCAGUAUAAAGUCUAUGUUGCUGGUGUUGAUGAGAACUGCAUAGGAGCUAAGAGUGCUGAGAAAAUAAUUCACACAGCUCCAUGUGUGCCAGCGACAGUACAGAACCACCUUGACUGUUCCUCUGGUGUCCUCAAUGUUACUUGGCAGUCGUCAGGUCACUACUCACAGUUUCAUGCUUUAGUGGUGAGCAGCAACGGUCACGUCAGUGUCUGCACAACAGAUAAGCAUCACUGCAUAGUCCAUGACAUGCAGUGUGAGAUGACCUACAAUGUGACGGUGAUGGCCCAAGAUGAGGCCUGCAACAGCUCCAUCAGCCCUAUGAAGCAGGUUACCACAGCUCCCUGCCCUCUGUCCUCCUUCCUUCCUGAUGUGAACUGUGACACUGGAGUUGUGUCUGUAACCUGGAACAACAGCGUGUCAGGGGUUGUUUACACCGUUUCUGCAGUCAGUGCCGAUGGUGGCAGACGUAACUGUAGUGGCACAAACACCGGCUGCAAUCUCACCUCACUGGAGUGUGGGACAGAAUACAACGUCACCAUCACACCAUCCAGGAACGGAUGUGUGGGCAGAGACAGCCCAACAAAAAUGAUCAGGACAGUUCCCUGUGUACCUCACCUGUCGGACGUUGAGAUCGACUGCCUGACAAACUCCGUGUGGCUGAUGUUUGAUGAUUCAGCCGGAGCUGAGGACUAUGUCGUCAUGGCAACAAACAGCCAGGGUUACAACCAGACAUUUGAGUGUAACUCCACUUCAGAUGGGAUGUGCUCUCUGCCGCCCAUGAUGUGCAGCCAGAAUCUCACCUUUGACCUGAAGGCCCGAGACCAGCAGUGCAGCAGUGCACCCAGCAAUGCUGUCGCCUCUGAAACAGCUCCUUGUCCUCCCAAUGAUGUGAUGGAGUCAGUGGACUGCAACAAUGGAACCAUCACAGUCACCUGGGCCGCUGUUCCUGGGGCAGUAACUUACACUGCCACUCUGGAAGAGUUAACUGGGGGCACACCCAGCUGCUGCACCACAUCUGGAACUGCUUGCAAUGUUACAGACCUGCCAUGUGGAGAAAUGUACAUUCUUCAUGUCACAGCUGAGGGUCGGACCUGCAACAGCACAGAGAGCGAGGGGCACAUUACCCGGACAGUGGCAUGCAUCCCAGAAAACCUCCAAUCCAGUCUGAGCUGCAGAGAUAACGUGGCCUCCAUGUCCUGGAGCCACAGCAAGGGAGGACAGCUGUACAGCGUGAAAGCUUUGGGUACCGAUGGACACGUGGACGAAUGCAGGUCACCUGACAACGAGUGUGAUCUGACAAAUCUGCACUGUGGACAGUACUACACAGCCACAGUGACCGCAGAGGAUGUGGAGUGCAAAAGCAAACCAAGUGAAAGUGUGACCAUCAAAACAGUGCCGUGCACUCCUGAAAACGCCUCCUCAUUGAUGGACUGUGGGGCCAAUUCUCUGGUCGUUUCAUGGUCUGAGAGCUCAGGAGCUGACUCCUAUAUCGCCACCUUGCAUGACAGCUAUGGUCAAAGCACAACGUGUCAGGGCACAACAGAGGGAUCCUGCAAUGUGACCGGACUGGGCUGUGGUCAGAUCUACCAUGUCUCUGUGGUCUCCUCUGAUGGAUACUGCAACAGCCCACCCACUCCUGUGGUUGACACACCUUCAGGCCCCUGUAAACCAAGACAUGUCCAGGCAGUUAUGGACUGCUACACCACGACAGCCCAGGUGUCGUGGUACCCGAGCGAUGGAGCGCUGUCUUAUAUAGUCAUGGCUGUCACAGAGUCAGGGCUCAAUGCUACCUGUGAGACCAACAUGACCUCCUGUGAGCUAGAAGGACUGAGCAGUGGUCAGAGCUACUCUGUGUCAGUCCGAUCUGUCGGAGAGACCUGCAGCAGCAUCGCCGAAAUGACGAGACAGUUGGUCACUGCGCCUUCCAUCCCAGAACACGUCACGUCUCAGUACAGCGUGACGAUAGGCCAGGUGCAGUGGGACACGACAGCUGGAGCUGACUACUACACCGUCAGGGCAGAAACAGAACAGGGGGUCUCGGUUUCCUGUACCACCAACGACACCUACUGUGCUCUGUACAACAUGGGCUGUGGACAGAUGUACAACGUAACAGUCACAGCACACAACCACGUGUGCAAAGAUGUGUCCUCCUCCACUGAACCAGUCAUAAUUACGACAGAGCCUUGCCCGCCUAACAAUGUGCAGACAAAUGUGAACUGUCAGACGGACCAGGGCGUCGUGUCAUGGGAGACCAGUUGGGGUGCAGUGAGCUAUGAGGUGCAGCUCGCUGGGCGCGAUGGCCACUCAUUGACCUGUCACACAAACAACACAUUCUGCAGUGUGGAAGGCCUGCACUGUGGGGUCAUCUAUCACACCUCCGUCAUCGCUGUUGGAGAGACGGUCAACAGUAGCAGGUCCAUCGCUGUCUUGCUGGUUUCAGCUCCAUGUGUGGCUUCAAAUGUAGCAGCAAACCUGGAUUGCUUAAACAAUACAGUUGAAGUGUCCUGGAGCUUAGCCAGUGGAGCCAACUCAUACAUAGUGACUGCUGAGUCGGCGGAUGGUAACAAGGCAUCCUGUGAGACUGAUGAGCUCCAGUGUGACUUGACUGACCUGGAGUGUGGUCAGAUGUACAGCGUCAAACUCACGUCCAUCAGCCAGCACUGCGAGACCGAGACACACACUAAUGUCACCUUCAGCACUCGACCCUGUAAACCACUGCGUGUCGGAGUAGACCUGCAGUGUGGAACGAGUACAGCCAACAUGUUUUGGGAGGAGCGUGAUGACGUGGAGCUUUACGUGGCCACUGCCACCUGCAACACGGGAAUGAGUUCUCACUGCAACUCCACCAACUCCACCUGCCAGUUCUUUAACUUGAAAUGUGGCGAAACCUACGUGUUCUCUGUGACUGCACACAGUGACAUGUGCAGCAGUGAAACCAGCGGCACAGUGGAGAUUCAGACAGAGCCCUGCCAACCUACUAGCCUGACAGCCACUGGACUGUGCAACAACGAGACGGUUGUGUUGGACUGGUCUGAGGCUGAGGGGGCUUUAGUUUAUGUGGUGACAGCUACCGGAGACCUGGGACAUGUCGCAUCUUUCCAAACCAACGACACAACCAUAGAGGCUGAUUUGCCCUGUGGACAGUUGUUCACUUUUACUGUUAUAGCUCAAGACCAACGAUGCCAGAGUACUGUAAGCCUACCUGAAGAGUACAAGACAAGUCCCUGCAUCCCUGAGCACGUGCGGAGCUUCACACGCUGUGAGGACAGUCUGGGUUCAGUCAGCUGGGCCAUGAAUGCCGAAGCAGAGUCAUAUGUGGCUAUUGCAACCGCACAGGACGGACACACCCACGAGUGCACCUCAAACACUACCACCUGCACCUGGAAUGACCUACACUGUGGAGAACUGUACACCGUUCACGUCAUUGCGCUGGACUACAUCUGCACCAGUUUGCCGAGCAACAGCACCACGAUUCAGAUGGCUCCGUGUGUACCCCAGAACUUGAUGUCAUCUCUGAACUGCUCCACAAAGGUUGGAUCUCUGACCUGGAACGCUAGUGAAGCUGCAGAGUUUUACAUUGUGACUGCCGAGACCAACAGUGGCCACAAAGUGCAGCUCAGCACCAAUGAAACCUGGACUUUCAUUUCCGAGUUCCUGUGUGGUCAGGAGUACUUCUUAUCUGUUAAGGCGUCAGACUCAGUUUGCACAAGUGGUCCCAGUCAACCAUCAAGGCUCAUGUCAGAUCCAUGCCCGCCCUCCGGAGUCACCAGCCUUAUGAACUGCUUCUCCAACAUUGCGGUGGUGUCGUGGAGGGGCUCCGCUGGGGCAGAGUUCUACACCGCCACAGUAACGACAGAGGAUGGCCAAUCCAAGAGCUGCUGGUCCGACAGCGAGCAGUGUGCCAUGCCCAAUGUCCCCUGUGGACAGAACUACACUGUGACUGUCCUUGCUUCAAACAAAAUAUGUGAUUCUUACCCCAGUGAAGUUGACAUAUUGCAGUCAGUUCCUUGUGUUCCUACUGAUGUUGAGGUGGAAAUGGACUGCUCCAAAAAUCAGGCCGUGGUAUCAUGGAGUGCCAGCCAAGGGGCUCUGUCUUAUAAAAUAACUGCUAUGAGCACCCAGGGAGCGGAGUCCUUCUGUGAGACUUCAGAACUGGUGUGCACUUUGACAAACCUCACUUGUGGACAACAAUACUUUGUCCAAGUAGUGGCACAGGAUGAUAUCUGCUCAAGUUUUCCCAGUCCAGCUGUAGACUUCCAAUCAGUUCCCUGCACACCUGACAUGGGCUCAGUGAUUUUGGACUGCUAUACCAACUCAGCCCUCUUGGAUUGGAUGUUUGCCGAGGGUGCAGUCCAUUACACAGCGACAGCUCAGUCCGCUGGUGGCCAUGUUUCCAGUUGCAACUCCAACUUCACCAACUGUGAACUGCGGAACCUGCAGUGUGGAGAGUCCUAUAAUGUAUUCGCUGUGGCCUCAAAUGACCAGUGCAACAGCACCGCCAGCACCAGUCUUCAGAUGGAGUCAGUGCCAUGUCCCCCAGAGGAUGUUGUUCCUGUGCUGGACUGUAUUAGUAACACUGCACAGGUGGAGUGGCAGACUGGCAGGGGGGCUGACUCCUACAUUGUCCAGGCCUUCGGCAUGGAGCAGGACGAAACGGGCUGCGAGACAGACUCACAGUCCUGCAUCCUCUCAGACCUCAAAUGUGGUUUCGCCUACAACAUCAGUGUGAUUUCUGUCAACAGCGUGUGCAACGUGUCAAAGAGUGCUGUGAAACAGCUGCAAGCAGUACCCUGUGUGCCUGAACAGGUGGAGGCCCGGGUGGUUUGUGAGUCUGGUGCAGUGAUGGUCUCUUGGGAGCCAAGCAAAGGAGCUUUGUCCUACACCACGGUGGCCCAGGGCAGCGCCGGCUACACUUCCACAUGCAACAGCACCGAGACCACUUGCCUGCUGGACGACGUGCUGUGUGGCCUAAACUACUCGGUCACUGUUAGUGCUUUGGAUGGCAUGUGUGCCAGCGCUGAAAGCUCCGCUGUGGAUAUCGACACAGUACCGUGUGUACCCCAGAAUGUAAAAGCUGAGAUGGUGUGCAGCAGUGAUACAGGCGUGGUAUCAUGGGAGGAAGGAGAAGGUGUAUCCUCCUACAAGGUCCAAGCUCUUGGACCUGAUGGUCACAACGCUGAAUGUCACAGCACAGAAACCACCUGCAGGCUUCCCAGCAUGCAUUGCGGCCAGCUCUACAACCUGACGGUUACAGCUCAGGAUGGCCGCUGUGAUAACAGCCACGCAUACCUCAACCUGAAGUCUGUUCCUUGCAGGCCGACCAGUGUCAAAGCUUCUCUUCACUGCCACUCAAACUCUGCUGCAGUCACGUGGGAACGAGCCAGCGGAGCGCUCUCUUAUCUUGCAGUGGGUGUAACAGCAGACAGGAGUCACCGGGUUGAGUGCAAUAACACUAUGACCUUCUGUGAUCUGAGUGAGCUCCAGUGUGGUCAAACCUACAACGUGAGCGUGUUCGGCCAGGAUGAGAGCUGCUCCAGUGAGGAGAGUGACAGUGCUCGCGUGCAGACAGCCCCUUGUCCUCCCCAGAAUGUGGUAGUUGAUGCACAAUGUGAUAAGGGUAACAUGGUUGUCUCCUGGUCCCGAAACCCCGAUGCCCAGUACUUCCAUGUAGCGGCAGUGAGCAACACUGGAGCGAGACACUACUGUAACUCCACUGACACCACCUGCACCAUUAACGGUCUGCCAUGUGGACAGCACUACAAUGUCACUGUGCUGUCUGUAAGAGAUACCUGUGAGAGCCAACCAAGCACUGUGGCGCAGACGUCCUCAGCUCCAUGUGUGCCCACAAAUCCAAGUGGCCGUCUGGACUGCAUAUCAAACAAUGGUUGGGUGUCCUGGGAAUACUCAGCCGGAGCAACCAGCUACUUUGUGCUCGCCCAAGCAGCCAGUGGGCACAACUCGAGCUGCACUUCUUCUACCUCGCCCUGUAGUGUCCCAGACCUGAAGUGUGGGACACUUUACACCUUCCAUGUCACGGCCGUCAACAAUCACUGCAGCAGUAAUCACAGCACUACCUUUGAGAUCGAAACAGGUCCUUGUGCUCUACAGUCCAUCAACGCAACAACAGAGUGCAACAGUGACAUAAUCCUGGUUGAAUGGGAGUCAACAGCGGACACCCCUCUGUACCUGGUUACAGCAGAGGCUGAUGAUCAAACGCAGAUUUCCUGUAAUAGCUCAACCACUUCAUGUGUCCUCCAGGAUGUCCGUUGUGGCACACACUAUAGCAUCAUAGUGUCCGCUUCCUCUGAUAAGUGCAGCAGCCUCAGAAGUCCUCCAAAAAAGAUUAAAACAGCACCAUGUGUUCCGAGCAAUGUGACUGUGGUGCCACUAUGUGAGGAGCAAGGAGCUACAGUGAUGUGGGCCAACUCUGCUGUGGCCACAUCCUACCAUCUGAAAGCCACAGGACAGGAUGGGCAUGUCGCCACUUGCAAUACCUCAGUGAACAACUGUUCCUUGGUUGGUCUUCAUUGUGGUCAGACCUAUGGCUUAAGCAUCACUGCCAGAGGAGACAAAUGCAGCAGCUCCCCCAGCACAUCAUCCCUCAAAACAGUGCCCUGUGCGCCCUCUGGUCUCACAGUGGAUAUUGACUGUCACAGCAACUCUGCUGCCCUUUCAUGGAACGCCACCAAGGGUGCUGUUGAGUAUUUUGGACUCGCACAAUCCAGGGAUGGAGACGCUCUGUUCUGUGACAGCAGUAAUUCUUCGUGCACGUUCAAAGCCCUGGAGUGUGGCGGCACUUACAAUUUCACCGUCACAGCCUCCGAUGCCAUCUGCAACAGCUCAUAUAGUGUACCUCUGCAAGAAGGAGCAGUGCCAUGUCCUCCGACUCAUCUCAACGUCCACAUGCGGAUGAUAAACCAAAUGAGCUGGGCCAUGAUAUCAUGGGACACGGUCAACUGUUCAGAUGUUGAGUACAUGGCAGAAGUAAAGGGUCACAUUGGAAACAACAUAAAAACACAGAUGGCCAUCUCAUCUUACUGGGUUCAGAGGCCAUAUUUUGAGUUACCCAUGCCUUGUAGUACAGCUUAUAAUGUCACUGUACGCUCCAGAAACGUAGCUGGAAUCAGCAAGCCAUCCAGUGUCUUCACCGGAGUGACAGCCCCCUGCGCUCCACAGAAUGUGAGAUACUCUGGUAACAGACAGUCCGCUGUGCUGUCCUGGAACUCAUCUGUGCUUGCCACAACAUACACAGUCUACAACGUGUCAGGUGCAAGUCGAGUGAAGCUCUGCAGCACCCCCGAGCUCUCCUGCCAGCUGAGCAACUUUGAACCCGAUUCCACUCAAGUGACGGCUAGUAAUGCAGCGGGGGAAAGCAACCUCAGCCAAAACAUCACAGGUCAGACACAGAAAUACAUUCUCCUGCCCACAGAAAUCUGUUGA